AAUCAUUCUCCGGCAUGAACGACCAGCAUGCGCAGAACAGGAUCAAUAACACGUCACGAUUGGGCAGGUCGCGGCAUGGCUGCGUGACGUGCAAACGGAGGAAGGUGCGAUGUAACGAGCAACGGCCGAGAUGCGCACACUGCGAGCGACUCAAUCUUGAAUGCACGUGGAAGCCGAACACGACCGUCGCUCUCGCUGUUGCGCGGAGGCGGCACACGAANCCCCCGGACACCCUCGCUCCAGGAGCCCAGAACAGCGGUAGCAGUACGAAUGUGAUGAAUGAUGCCGGCGGUGCAACCUCGCAAGCUGCUCUCAACGAGUCGGCGUGGUCUAUGCCAGACGUCCAUGGCUCCGUCGCGACUUCAACAUCGCCGGCCACAACACAAAAUCCUCCUGCUGUUGACAAUUUCUUCGACUAUGCAGGUUUCAUGUUCGAUAAUCCCGAGUGGUGGCAGCAGUUUCAGCCAUCUGAUGCACUUCCCACGAACAACCAGAUCGACCAGGCCCUCUCCGAACUGUUCAGCUCGCCCAGCACGAACUCGCCAUCUUUCACCAUGGCAAACAACAUGGUCCAAGCCGAGAACAUCGCGAUGAAUCAUAUUGGGAAUGGAGAUCUGCAAUUGGCAAGAGCACAGGACUAUACACAGGCUGCACAAACUGAAGAUCAGUUCCUGCUCGAUUACUUUGUGCAUAGUACUGUGCCUCCGAUAUUGGCUCCUGUCGAGACGCAACAACAAUGGUCGUCAAUGCGACGCCAUCUCCUUGUCAUGGCUAGAGAGUCUUCAAUGGUGCACUCUGCGCUUUUAAGCUUCUCCGAUCUGCUGUUGCGUCGUCGCCGUCAACAGAUUCACACAACCAACGGAGGACAGAAGCACCAUCGAGACUCUCUUCGCGACUUGUCUAGGUAUACUGAAGGCACCGAGAUGGCUCAGCCAAGACGCGAGCACCUUCUAGCGACUUGUUUCUUCUUGAGCUAUGUCGAUAUCCUCGAAGGCCGGACGGAAGCAGCGCAUGGCAGCUUGAAAAUUGCAUAUCGCAUCUUUGANAAGGGCGAGAAGGCAAGCUUCGGUCCUUUGGAAAUACGUGUACUUUCCUGGAUCAGAUUGUUGGAUGGCAGAGCUGUCUCUGCAGGUGGUGAAGGUUUGUUCUUGUCCGACGAUGAGGCGUCAGAGAUGCUUGUACAACCUUCGCCCGCCGGCUUGGACAGUCUGCCGGCUGAGUUUGACCCUUCAAAUGAGGCUGAUCAGAAUGCUGAGAUCGAAGAUGCUCUCUUUCAAGCGCUGUACCAACCUGGUGCUGUCUUCUUCCAGAAGGUACAAUCUUUCAUGGGUCGCAUAAGUAAGAUUGAUCCAUGGCACAGAAGCCGAGGUACAGUGGCAGAUGAGACUGAAGUCAUGAUCAUCGCUGCCAAAAUUACUCGGGAUCUUGACAGACUAUAUGACAGCCGACCCCGAUUGAUGGACUAUGCGGCAAAAGGACAACUGACGCCCCGAUACCUCAAUUCUCAUCUCUCUCACACCAUCACCAGAGCCUUUCGGACCUACGCAAGUAACUUUUACGCCAGCAAAGUGCAUCUCCAUCGGGUCGCAUACAAAGCACUGCCUUUGGCUAUGGAGACUGUACUCGCGCUUGCCAAAAUCAAAGAAUUGGCCAAGAUGAUGGUUGACACACCUUCAGAAUCUGGCGUCGAAGGUGGAGAGCCCCUACCUGUCAACAUGCUUUGGCCACUUCUCAUGCUUGGAUCAGAAGAAGAGGAUCCUCAUGAACGAAUCUGGAUCAGGAAUCAAAUAUGCAGGAUGCAAGAAGUGGCCACCAAUGCAGAGAUGACAGCACAGGUCUUGGAUGAGGUUCAGAAGAUGCAGGAUUCGACAAGGACAAGGGUUGACAUUCGCAGCAUUAUGCACAAAAUAUUUGAUGCGUGUUUUGCCAUUCUUGUCGUAUCGAUACGAAUCCUUCGAACCCUGUAUACCCGACGUGACCUUCUGCUGCGCGGUACCGUCGUUGUCGCUGUCGCUGUCGGCAAACUCCUCGGGUCGCGAGUGCGACUCGAAGCCGAUCGGAUAUUGUUUGUGGAGCUGCGGGGCCCCAUCGCAAGCCACCCACUCCACAAUUGGCGAGUAACAACGAAUGAGGCAAGUAUCGCUGCCGAAAAAGUGGUCCUCGAUCCCGAGAAUGCUCCCGAGGCGACAGUCGCUUGCGGUAGUGCCGACAGCUUUCAACAUCAAGGUGUUUCGCAACCGCAACAAGUAUCUCUGCCAGUCCACAAAUCGUUGCUUGCUAUUUCUUCCUUUGCCUUCGGCAAUUCAGCUUCCCACGUUCAAAUAAGCAUCAUGGUUCACAGCACUACACCGAAGUCCUUCCCUCCUGGUAUCCACGUACCCAGUCUGACGUGGUUCGCCAAUGACGCCUCUCAAGAGAUUGAUUGGCCGACGCAGACUGAGCACAUCAAAUUNUUGAUCUCGUCUGGUCUCCAUGGCAUCGUACUUGCCGGCACCAAUGGUGAGGCUGUGACGCUGUCACCCAAAGAGAAGUCAGAGCUGGUCAGCACAACGCGCAAACUUGCGAAUGAACUCGGCCGACCAGAUGUCACAACUACACUUGGAUGUGGAGGGCAAAGCACCCGCGAUGUCAUUGCGGAAACAAAACUUGCGAAAGAAGCAGGGGCCGAUUUUGCACUGGUCCUUGUGCCAAGUUACUUUCACUUCGCUAUGCACGAGGAUGCAAUCCUUGAGUUCUUCCAGGAGGUACGCAUUGUCAAUCUGUUGCGCGCUCGUACUCUGACUCAAUUUCUANNGCUUGCCGAUGCCUCUCCCGUUCCCAUUUUGAUCUACAACUUUCCCGGAGUCGUCGCUGGACUCGAUGUCAACUCCGAUAUGCUCUCGAAGCUCGGCAGCCAUUCCAACAUCGUUGGCGUCAAGCUGACAUGCGGUGGUAUCGCCAAGGUAGCCCGAAUCCGUGCCCAAUUCUCGCCCGAUGAGUUUUGCGCUCUUGCAGGCCAAAGUGACUGGCUUGUUCCAGCUCUCGCUGUCGGCGCUACUGGAACCAUCACUGGUGUCGCAAACCUGUACCCGAAGUACUGCAUCGAAAUCUACAACCUCUGGACGCAAGGCAAGACGAAGGAGGCCGAAAAGGCACAACUGGAGCUUGCGAAGAUGGAAUGGGGAUUCGCAAAGGGCGGAAUCAAUGGCACAAAAUGGGUCGUUGCCAAGCUCAGAGGAUAUUCGCUCGACAACUGCCACUGCAGGCGGCCUUAUCCAAAGUUCGUCGAUGCAAAGAAACAGGCAUGGGUUCUGGAUACUGUAAUGCCGCUGCAGGCACAGGAAAAUAUCUUGGGUCAG